AUGCAAAUUGAGAAGCCUCAGGUCGACGCCGGCCGCCUUGCCCUCUCAAUCUGCUCUGGGAAGGGGAGGACUUCUGAUGAGAGGUGCCACGACCAGGAGCAGGUUGCGUAUGGUUGGAAGACUAGGGAAUUUGACGAGCCUCUCCACUUUGCAAACUUGCCCCAGCUUGUCCAUCUGGACCUCAGUUUCAACCAUCUCUUGGGCGGCCCAAUCCCAUCAAGCAUUGGCACUCUCGUGAAGCUCGAAUACCUCGAUUUAUCCAGCAACAAUCUUGAUGGAUAUAUCCCACAUUUCAUAGACUUGCCCCAGCUUGCCCAUGUGGACCUCAGGUACAACAAUAUCUUGGGCCCAAUCCCAUCAAGCAUUGGUACUCUCGUGAAGCUCGAAUACCUGGGUCUAUCUGGCAACCAUCUUCAUGGAUCUAUCCCACAUUCCGUAGACUUGCCCCAUCUUGUCCAUCUAGACCUCGGUCAGAACAGUCUCUCAGGCGCAAUCCCGUCAAGCAUUGGUGUUCUUGCCAAGCUCGUAUACUUGCAUCUGUCUGGCAAUGACCUGGACAGAUUUAUCCCAACAUCCAUUGACUUGCCCCAGCUUGUCCAUCUGGACCUCAGUUUCAACUAUCUCUUGGGAGGCCCAAUCCCAUCAAGCAUUGGCACUCUCGUGAAGCUCGAAUACCUCGAUUUAUCCAGCAACAAUCUUGAUGGAUAUAUCCCACAUUUCGUAGACUUGCCCCAGCUUGCCCAUCUGGACCUCAGCUACAACAAUUUCUUGGGCCCAAUCCCAUCAAGCAUUGGUACUCUCGUGAAGCUCGAAUACCUGGGUCUAUCUAGCAACCAUCUUCAUGGAUCUAUCCCACAUUCCGUAGACUUGCCCCAUCUUGUCCAUCUAGACCUCGGUCAGAACAGUCUCUCAGGCGCAAUCCCGUCAAGCAUUGGUGUUCUUGCCAAGCUCGUAUACUUGCAUCUGUCUGGCAAUGACCUGGACAGAUUUAGCCCAACAUCCAUUGACUUGCCCCAGCUUGUCCAUCUGGACCUCAGUUUCAACUAUCUCUUGGGAGGCCCAAUCCCAUCAAGCAUUGGCACUCUCGUGAAGCUCGAAUACCUCGAUUUAUCCAGCAACAAUCUUGAUGGAUAUAUCCCACAUUUCGUAGACUUGCCCCAGCUUGCCCAUCUGGACCUCAGCUACAACAAUUUCUUGGGCCCAAUCCCAUCAAGCAUUGGUACUCUCGUGAAGCUCGAAUACCUGGGUCUAUCUGGCAACCAUCUUCAUGGAUCUAUCCCACAUUCCGUAGACAUGCCCCAUCUUGUCCAUCUAGACCUCAGUCAGAACAGUCUCUCAGGCGCAAUCCCGUCAAGCAUUGGUGUUCUUGCCAAGCUCGUAUACUUGGAUCUGUUUGGCAAUGACCUGGAUGGAUUUAUUCCAACAUCCAUUGGUAAUUACUUGCCCCAGCUUGUCCAUCUGGACCUUAGUUUCAACUAUCUCUUGGGCGGCCGAAUCCCAUCAAGCAUUGGCACUCUCGUGAAGCUCGAAUACCUCAAUUUAUCCAGCAACAAUCUUGAUGGAUAUAUCCCACAUUUCGUAGACUUGCCCUAGCUUGCCCAUCUGGACCUCAGUUACAACAAUUUCUUGGGCCCAAUCCCAUCAAGCAUUGGUACUCUCGUGAAGCUCGAAUAACUGUGUCUAUCUGGCAACCAUCUUCAUGGAUCUAUCCCACAUUCCGUAGACUUGCCCCAUCUUGUCCAUCUAGACCUCAGUCAGAACAGUCUCUCAGGCGCAAUCCCGUCAAGCAUUGGUGUUCUUGCCAAGCUCGUAUACUUGGAUCUGUCUGGCAAUGACCUGGAUGGAUUUAUCCCGACAUCCAUUGGCAAUUGUAACUUGCCCCAGCUUGUCCAUCUGGACCUCAGUUUCAACUAUCUCUUGGGCGGCCCAAUCCCAUCAAGCUUUGGCACUCUCGUGAAGCUCGAAUACCUCGAUUUAUCCAGCAAUAAUCUUGAUGGAUC